CGGCCUGCGCCCCGGGAUAUCUCCCGGCUCAGGUCCCGGCUCAGGUCCGGGCUCAGGUCCCAGCGCUCGGAGUGACAAGGCCGGCAGGCAGGGGGCACCCAGCCGGCGAGCCGCAUGGAGCCGCGCGCCGGGGAUGGCUGCUUCCUGGGAGAUGUGGGUUUCUGGGUGGAGCGCACGCCCGUGCACGAGGCAGCUCAGCGGGGUGAGAGCCUGCAGCUUCAGCAGCUGAUUGACAAUGGAGCAUGUGUUAAUCAGGUCACGGUGGACUCGAUCACACCUCUUCAUGCAGCGAGUUUGCAGGGCCAGGCCCAGUGUGUGCAGCUGCUGCUGGCAGCUGGUGCCCAGGUGGACGCACGCAACAUUGAUGGCAGCACUCCUCUUUGUGAUGCCUGUGCCUCAGGCAGCAUUGAGUGUGUGAAGCUCUUACUGUCCUAUGGGGCGAAAGUCAACCCUCCUUUGUACACCGCAUCCCCACUACACGAGGCCUGCAUGAGCGGGAGUUCUGAAUGUGUGAGGCUUCUUAUUGAUGUUGGGGCCAACCUGGAAGCACACGAUUGCCAUUUCGGGACGCCUUUACAUGUUGCCUGUGCACGGGAGCAUUUGGACUGUGUCAAAGUGUUGCUCAAUGCAGGGGCCAAUGUGAACGCAGCCAAGCUUCACGAGACGGCACUGCAUCAUGCCGCCAAGGUAAAGAAUGUCGACCUCAUUGAGAUGCUCAUAGAGUUUGGAGGCAACAUCUACGCCCGCGACAACCGGGGCAAGAAGCCCUCGGACUACACGUGGAGCAGCAGUGCCCCGGCCAAGUGCUUUGAGUACUAUGAAAAGACACCUCUCACCCUCGCACAGCUCUGCAGGGUGAGCUUGCGGAAGGCCACUGGUGUCCGAGGCCUGGAGAAGGUGGCCAAGUUGAACAUCCCUCCCCGGCUCAUCGACUACCUUUCCUACAACUGAGCUGUUGGCAGGGGGCUGGGAAGGCGCCUAGAGUUCAUGAGCUCGCUGCUGGCUCUUGACGACUGGCCCCGUUACCGCCUCGCUAUGCCUAGCUCUGGGCCUUAAAGAGUUCUGCCUGUUUCUCUGGAACACCGUCAUCACCGUAGAUAGGUUGGUUGAUGCUCCUUCAUGUUCUUUUUGGUUGUCCUUUGUGAUGUCUUCUUCUGAACCCCAGAGAAGAUCUCCGAAGCACCAGGAGGCCAGUGUCUGGCAUCACAGAUGUGGAUGUGGCCUUUUCUAGUCUUCUGGAACUAAUGCAGUCACUCUAGGGUGGGCUCAGUUCUCCAUGUUUCUCUUUUCAUCCACUACCCUCAAAGAGAGACAGUUCAAGGUGCACAGGGAAUUCUGGGGACUCAGAACACUGAUAUUGAUUGUCCUUUAUCUGGGUGUCAUGACACAGAAGCGUCAGGUUCCAAGCACUUGACCCCGUGGACUGGGAUACCACUCUGCUGGAAUCUUGCCACUUGGAUAGUUUUUCUGGGGCAGCAGCUGGCACUUUCCCAGGUCUGCCUGCCCCCAGGUGUAUCACUCAGGGGCUUUACAGAUCAGACUGGGGGAGGCUCAGGCUUUGUACCCCCACAUCAAGCAGUGUUUUUUUUUUUUAGGAUGACUGUCUCCAAUAUUAGGACUCAAAUCUGUUAAAAAGUUUAUGUUGGGGCCUGGAGAGGUAGCUUGGGGCUAGAGUUUAGUUCCCAGAACCCACAUAAGGCAGCUCACAAUGGCCCGUUACUUCAGCUCCAGGGGAUCCGACAUCUGCUUCUGGCCUCCUUCAGCACUCAGACAUGUAUGCACACACACACACGCACACACACACACACAGAGAGACACACACACACAGAGAGACACACACACACAGACACACAGAUAAAUAAAAUCUUUUAAAAAGUUGGAGGACCUUUAGAAUAUAUGUAUGUACAUAUAUAUAAUAUAUAUCCAUACUAUAUAUAUCCACAUAUAUAUCCAUAAUAUAUAUGCUGUAACAAGAGUUGUAAUGAGCAGUGCAAACAAUAUAAACAAUAGCUAAUAUGAAAGUGCAAAACUUCAUCCAGACGAGAAUGAAAUUCAUUAGCCAAGGCAGGAAAAGUGCUCACAAUUCCUUUCUAUAGUAAUAAAAAUGAGCCCUGCACGUUGUGGGUGAAAUACUAAGUCUUGCAUUCAGACUGACUUUUCCCGAUUGACAUUCUAUAUCUUAACAAUGCCCUACAUACAAUAGGGAAAACCAGAGAAUUUUUCAGUAGUCAUUCUAUACUGAGAAAACCCACCUUCUUUCUGUCAGUCUUCGGUCCAAGUUCUGAGGGAAGCCAUGGUUUUGUCUGGAGUAGGAAUAGCAAUCAUUUUCAGAAGCCGUGGCAUUCUGCCUCUUUCACCUUUGUAACAGAAUCUUGCCUCCAGCAAUAAAAUCCAGUAACAGCUCAUCUUGUGAUGUCUUUUGGUAUAAAAUAAGGUUCUCUCACCAUUAUUGUCCAAUAAAAGUAGUUGGGUGAA